GCUUCGCGCAACCGCAGGGAUUCUUCUGCCCGACGUUCCAACCGACCGUUCCAGGAAUGCAGGGGCCUGUGUAGUGCGCUCGCUCGUGGGCGCACCGGGUCCUCUACCAUGGACGUGUACGGUAGCACUCACUGCCUGCACACACUCGAGGCAAGAUAUAUACCUAUGACAUCGAACGUGUAUACGUCUAGCUCCCGUCACUCACACAGCGCUCUUGGGCAUGUACAACUCCUUCCACUCAGCUGACCAUAGCUUGAGCUUCCCUGGUCAACUCCCCAAUGAGGCUUCCACUAGCUACGCUUUACCUUCAACCGAUCCUGCCUUCAGUUUUGAGUUCGACUUCGACUUCGACUUCUCUUCACAGCUUGCAACGCAGACCGAAUCAAUCGCUGCGUCAGACUAUUACCCUCUGCAGAUGAGCCUUAUGGCCCAGAACAUGCCCAUCGUAGUGCACUCAGAUGCACUAAGUCAGCACAGCCACGGAGCACAUACCAGUACCCAGCUUCCUACGGAGUGGGCCUCGAUGCCCAUGCAGAUCCCUUCACACGGUACCUCGAGGACCUCACCCAUACCGAUGCCCCAGAGGUCGUCCAAUCGGCACCAUCCGUAUAUGCCCCCGGGAGCGGCAUAUAGGGGGCGGCUGUCGCGCUCACUGUCCUCAGAGCUCUCACCGCCCGCCCGCGCGACCUAUCCAGCCGCGAUAUCGACGUCACAGAGCAUGUCAACCAUCGAGCAGUAUCCCACGCACCUUACCGUGCCGACAUACAGUUACCCAACGACACCUGUGACACCCGCCACGCCCGUAACGCCCAGCACGCCUCGCACGCCAAAACGCGUUCGCAUCCCGCAAUCCUUCGCGUCAGGCAGAUCCCAAAGGCAUCCCACGUACACUGUGCGCUUCAAGAUCAACGGGGCCUCGGGCUUCCGUGUCGGUGACGCACUCGCGAACAAGGAGUUCACCGUCGAUAGCCCCGAGGACAUCGUCCUCGAGAGCUGUGUCGACCGCAAAGGCCAUCUGCAGGUGGACCUCCCUGCCUCUCCUGAUUCGGAGCAGACCAUCGAACAGCGCGGCUCCUACCUCAACCUGCAGCGCGAGGUCAUAAUAGACAGGAGGCACAAGACAAAAGAGUACUACCGGUACACGCGCAAGGAGUUCGCGGUGGAGGUCGCGCGUGCGCUGCAGCGCGCUGCCGAACAAAACAAGAAGCUCAGGCUACGCCAGAUCCCCUACGAGGACCUCUGGGUAACGUACGCCACCCGAGGAUCCAUGAAUAAAUGGGUCGUCGGACUGGAGAAGAUUGAAUGACCUCGACCAGGAGCCUAGGUACCCUCCGCGCCCGAUCUUGCGUUCGCCCUCGGAGGGUAUCCAGUGCCCAUUCGAGGCAGCAUGUGGCUUGAUGCCAUUUCUUUUCGUUUCGCUUGCGUUCGUGCUCACCCGCCGUCUGGCUUAUGCUAUAUUAAUAUAUGCCCCCCUUUUGAACCUCUUACCGGACAUCCUUUACUCUAGCACCUACCUGAGACUGACGUCUGUAAUAGAAAGUGUACCAGAGAAACGAAUCAGCACGUUGUGACGGUGUGCUGUUUCGACCUCCUUGCAAUUUGACGCAGGAGCGG